UAACCUCCACACAACGAAGACGUAUCGACACUAGACAGAGGCCAGCUGUCAUUUUCAUUCUUCGGCCGCCCGUGGGACAUACUGAGAAUGACUCGGGGCCAGAGUCUGUUUCGAUGUGAUGACGAAGAAAACAAUCCCAGCUCCAAACCAGUCUUCCAUGUACAUUUACCAAUUUCUCAUUUUAUGAUCGUCAAAUUACGAAGAACCAACCUUCGUCGAGGGCUGGGAACCGGCUUCAGAGUAGCAAAAGCGGAGGAAUACGAACCCCUUAUCGGGCCACUCACGAGCUCCGGAGAUAACUGGCGCAUUGCAACUGAUAAUGAACUAACGCGGGGAUGGUUGAUGUGUCCUGUACGCAGAGCCUCUAUCACUUACUGGCGAGAAAGGACAAAAAGUGACUACAUUCAGCUCAAAAUACCAGCUACUCGAGGCUAUUUGAGAGAUCAAAUACUGGAUCGGAAGUGGCCAUCAAAAUGUGCGAGAUCUCAGGUUCUCACGGCGGCGAGUACAGAUGACCAUCUUCUUGUGUCACGGAGACUGUUCACAAUACGAAAUACUACCUGUUUGGCAAAGGAGAAUCAGAAAAUGUAUCCCUAAAUUUAUUCCGGCAAGUCAAGUAAGAGCGAGUUUCUAGAUAGUAUUCGACAAUGAACAUUCGUUACACUUGUGAAGAAGCCAUUCUUGCAA